AUGCCAGGAAUUAGUGCAGCAAAGCUGGCAGCAUUGCCUCCGUUUGCAUCCGAGCAUAUUAUUGUCGCUGAAAGUUUCAACGAAAAGUCUACUAAUGCUGUCAUGAUUGAAAUGAUUCGUUCCUCUCUGCCAAACGCCACUGUUACCAGCGUUCACAGAAGGUUUUUCAACCAUCAACGUGGUGCCGAGUUGGUGGCGCAACUAGCAAAUGCAGAAAUAUCAAACUGCGACAGUGUUGUGCUCCAGAAGCAGUUUUGUAUGCAGAGCUGUUCUGCUCUGAUCAAGUAUGUGGAGCAUAUCCAAAACAUUGUGUUUGCCUCAAAGACGCUGCAUUUUGUUUAUCGCGACAUUGAGAGGAUGUGUCUUUUAGACGUUGGUUCAUGGAAAAAUCUCGAAAUAGACAGUAAUUUUCCUAGAAAGGAGCGGAAAUCACUACUCGCCAUCGUCGAUGAGACUCAAACCGCUGGAGGUGCACGCCUUCUACGCUCCAAUCUCCUCCAGCCUUCUGGCGAUCAAGUGGUCAUUGAAGAAAGACUUGACGCUGUUGAGGAACUUGCUGAUAAUCCACAUCUUGUUGAGAAAUUACGUCAAGUUCUGGGUUCUACUUGUGAUUUGGGUAACUUAUUCAACGUGUUCAUAGGAUCCCCUAGGGAGCCUACUGUUCAAAGUGCCGACUUCAAUUUGACUCAGUUGCUUCGCUUGAAGCAAGUGCUGUACAUUGUAAGGCCGCUUCAACAGCUGAUGAAGAAUUUCAAGUGUAACUUGUUGAAAAAGAAAAAUGAGUUGCUGACUGAUGAAAGAAUCGAUACGAUUCAAAAAAUACUGUACGAUCGGUUUCAAGAUGAGGCCAUGUUCAGCAGCAAGAAAAGUUCUCUCAAUGUGCGACACAGGAAGUGUUAUGCCAUCAAGGAAGGUAUCUCUGUCAAUCUGGAUGUUGCCAGGCGAGCAUACGAAGAACUCCUUCAAAAAGAACUGUCCGAACAUCUCCCAGAGCAGAACACUCGAUUAGCUUAUUCCGCCUCUCGAGGGUUUCAUUAUGUGUUGGUGUGUGGGAACCCAAGUACCGUUACCUUGCCUCCGAUCUUCAUCAACAUCACUCGUAACAGGUCGUCCGUCACAUUUUCAUCCAGGAACUUGCUUCGUUAUAAUGAUAGAAUAGAACAAUCUGUAUCAGAAGUAAUGAUUGCUACGGAUAUUGUCGUUCAGACUGCUAUCAAAGAGAUACGUCCUCUGAUUGCUGUCCUUUAUCAUAUUAUGGAUUCUAUUGCUACGAUAGAUAUGUUGUGCAGUUUUGCGGUUUAUGCCAGCAACAGGGCUACAGUUCGUCCGCGCUUCGGAAACAGUAUUAUUAUAAAUGAGGGCAGGCACCCACUACUUGAUUAUUCCAUAGGAGAUCAAGCAGUUCCAAAUGACACGUAUCUCACCAUGGAUUCGCGUGUUGUCAUCAUAACGGGACCCAACAUGACCGGAAAAUCAACGUAUCUGAAACAAGUUUGCCAGCUGUGCAUUUUAGCACAAAGUGGUUGCUUUGUUCCUGCGAAAAUUGCCAUCCUUCCCGUGUUUCUCCGGAUCUCUUCUCGAGUUGGCCACAAUGACAAUCUGACUAAAAACCUGUCGGCAUUUGCUGUUGAAAUGGACGAGAUGGCUCUUAUACUACAGUAUUCAGAUGACCGUACACUUCUUGUCAUUGACGAAUUAGCCCGAAGUACGUCUACAGAAGAAGGCAUUGGAAUAUGUUACGCAAUCAUCGAAAAGCUAAUCAAACAAAAAACGUACACGAUCUUUGCCACGCACUUCCUUGAUCUUGCAGCACUGGAUGUUAGCUAUUCUGCUGUUGAAAACUUCCAUUUUCCGUCCCAGGUCACCUAUGUCAAUGGUCAGGAGCAGCUGUGUCCUAGUCAUAAACUACAUAGGGGACCCUACAACGGACCACUGUAUGGCUUUGAACUCGUGGAGCUGUCCACAUUUCCUGAAGAGGUGACUGAAUCUGCUCGUAAAUUAGGCCACUAUUUGCACGAUGAAGCUGCUGACAAAAGGGUGAUGAAUGCCGACACGCUGAUCCAUCGCGCGUUGAGUAGAAGCGCCCAUCAUUUGCGUCAGAUAGUUGCUUCUAGGAAUAUAGCUACGGAAGAAUGUCUAAAG